CCUGAACGCUGAAGAGACUUUCAACCGUUACAUCUGAAGAAAGGCUGAAAAGUUUGUUAGAAUUGUUUAUUCAGCUCUAAAAUAUCCAAAAUGUCAACCGACUCGUGGAAAUUGUCUAGUGACCAGCUAGACGUCAACUUUAACUCGUUUAAAACGUUGCAGAUUAAAGAAAGACUGGUCGUGCCAAGAGCUACAACAAGUGGCACAAGAAGACCUGAAAAGUGUGACAAAAAUGAUGAAGAAAAAGAGGACAGAGCUGCCCAGUCUCUUCUUAACAAAUUAAUCAGGAACAGUCUUGUCAACACCACCCACCAGGUGGAGGUUCUGCAGAGAGAUCCAAAUUCACCCCUGUACUCCGUUAAGACAUUUGAAGAGCUGCGACUGAAACCUCAGCUCCUCAAAGGUGUCUUUGAAAUGGGUUUUAACAGACCGUCAAAAAUCCAAGAAAACGCUCUUCCUAUAAUGCUGGCUGAACCACCCCAGAACCUGAUUGCUCAGUCUCAGUCUGGUACAGGAAAAACGGCCGCCUUUGUGCUGGCUAUGCUAAGCCAUGUUGACCCAGCAAAUAAGUGGACACAGUGCUUAUGCAUUUGUCCAACGUACGAGCUCGCUCUGCAGACGGGCAAAGUUGUGGAACAGAUGGGCAAGUUCUACUCUGAAGUGAAACUGGCAUAUGCCAUUCGAGGCAAUAGAUUGGAGAGAGGGAGAAAAAUUCACGAGCAGAUAGUGAUUGGCACCCCAGGCACUAUGCUCGACUGGUUACUCAAGUUGAAGCUAAUAGACCCCAAGAAGAUAGGAGUGUUUGUGCUGGAUGAGGCUGAUAUCAUGAUCGCCACACAGGGCCACCAGGACCAGAGUAUCCGCAUUCAAAGGUUGCUGCCCAAAGACUGCCAGAUGCUGCUGUUUUCUGCUACAUUUGAGGACAGUGUGUGGAAGUUUGCUGAGCGCAUCAUUCCAGAUCCCAACAUCAUCAGACUGAAGCGUGAGGAGGAAACGCUGGAUAACAUCAAGCAGUAUUAUGUUCUCUGUAAUAACAAAGAGGACAAAUUCACUGCACUGUGUAACAUAUAUGGUGCAAUCACUAUAGCACAAGCCAUGAUAUUCUGUCACACUCGAAAGAUAGCAUGCUGGUUGGCCGGGCAGAUGUGCGCAGAAGGCCACCAGGUGGCGCUGCUUAGUGGUGAAUUGACGGUUGAACAAAGGGCGGCCGUCAUCCAACGUUUCAGAGAGGGGAAAGAAAAAGUGCUGAUAACCACUAAUGUGUGCUCAAGAGGCAUUGACGUGGAGCAGGUUUCAGUGGUGAUCAACUUCGACCUCCCAUUAGACAAGGAGGGAAACCCAGACAACGAGACAUACCUGCACAGGAUUGGUAGGACCGGGCGCUUUGGCAAGCGUGGCCUGGCAAUCAAUAUGGUGGACAGCGAGCAGAGUAUGGCCGUGCUCCAUGUGUAUGAGCAGCACUUCAAUAAGAAUGUACUAAAGCUGGACACUGACGAUCUUGACGAAAUUGAAAAUAUUGCUAAAUAAAGUCAUAAGCCAUUUGUCUUUCAGAACUUUAAGGAUUAUAUAAGUUACUUAUUACUAUAUUUUCUACUUGUUGCUCUGUUUUGAGCCAAAAAUGUUUACAUGCAUACAGAGUUAAUGUUAGAUGUUUACAUACAUACAUACAUAAGAGACGUUUGACCUCAGCUGUAUAUUGUCUGACCUUUAAAGCAAAGUUCAAGUUGAACUUUUACAGCAAGUAGACUUGAUUAGAGUUCAUUAGUUUGGUUUAUUUAUGUUUGAUGCACUGUUUGGUGUCAGUGAUGGUUCCAUCAUUUGUUACAGCUGUUUGCUUUAUAAGCAGGUUUUUGUUAGUGGAAACACAUUGGGUUUUUUUUGUUGUUGUUGUUGUUUAAAUGUGUUAAUUUAUUAAAUAAAAUCUUGCCUCACUGGUGAA